AUGUCAAAACUGACAUUUGCUGAUAUGCAAAACCCACUCUUUCUACACCCAUCUGAUGGAUCAUCAUCCAUCCAAAUAGAGAAACUACAUGGACCAGAAGACUACAGAUCCUGGCGCAGACAAAUGGAAAUCAUCCUAACUUCCAAGAGAAAGCUUGGAUUUGCGACUGCAACUGUCACCAGAUCAACUGAAGAUGCAACACUUGGAGAUCAGUGGGAUUCAUGCAACAAUAUGGUAAUUGCUUGGAUCCAUACUAAUCUUAGUCCUAGCAUAAAGAAGUCUGUGUUAUUUUUCACUACUGCUAGAGAAGUAUGGAAACACUUAGAGACUAGAUUUGCCUUGAGUAAUGGCUCUAGGAAGUAUAAACUCAACAAGGAUUCGUAUGGCUUAAAACAAAAUUCAACUUCUGUUUAUGACUAUUUCCCUACAUUGAAUGUUAUAUGGGAGGAAAUGGAUUCUAUGAACAUGUUGCCCAUCAUAACCACUGUAUCAGAUGAAGUAAAAAGAAAUUUAGAAGAAGUUGAGAAACGAAAAGGUGAAUCUAAGUUAUUUCAAUUUUUGAAUGGUUUGGAUGAAGUGUAUGUCCCUAUGAGGAGCCAACUGCUCAUGAUGAACCUUUUACCCUCUGUUGAGACUGCUAGCUCAGUCAUUCAACAAGAAGAAUUACAAAGACAACUGUUGAGCAACCCUAGACAUGAUAUGGAAAUGUCUGCUAUGUUCAGUAGAGGGCAGACUGGUGGUGACAGGGUAGUUGUGUGCAAAGAAUGUGGAGGUAAGGUUCACUUGAGUGAUAAGUGUUGGUAUGUGGUAGGAUUUCCUAAUGGACAUCCAAAUCAUGGCAGAAUUCUCAUGAAACCUGGAUCUAUGAAUCAAUCUUGGUCCAUAUGGAAUAAGAACAAUCCAGGCAAUAAGCCUAAACCUGCUGGUAACGUUGCUGGUAGCGCUUCAAAUGCUGUAGUGUUCUCUCCACAACAGCUGGAACAGCUGAUGCAGUUGUUACCUAGCUUGUCAAAACAACCAAGCAAAGCCUCUAAAACAGAUGAUAAAUUGGAUAGUCACUUCUCUGGCAUGAUGUCUUAUCACAAUGCCUUGAACAAUGAUCUUGGAUGGAUCAUUGACUCUGGAGCCUCAGACCAUAUGACACCCCAUUUUCAAAAACUAAUUAUGCCCACUCUAGUGACAAACCUAACUCCUAAUAUCAAGCUUCCAACUGGAGAUACUGUUGCUAUUACUCACAUGUGA